AUGGGCCUCUUCCAGUCGGACCAUGACUUCAACAUCGUCGAAAAUCUCACCAGUGACGCUGGCCUCUACAAGCUUGAAGAGAAUGCCAAAGCUAUUGCCAAAGCCAAGGGAAAGAGCGAGAAAGAUGUCGAAGGCGUCUCAUAUCUCAUCUAUGGCCCCGCUUGUUCCCACCUUGACUCAGUUCGCAAGCAUCUGGAUGGUGGUAUCCUCGCUGACUUGAUCGCCAAAAAGGAGGCGAAGAUGCUUGGUGCUCUUGCUGGAUCCAAAGAGGAGAUGCUGGAGUACUGGAUGGAAGACCCCUGCUACGUCUAUGUUCUACUCGGUGCAUGCGCAAUGACACUUGGAUGUCGGCUGCCAGAUACCUACGUGGCCAUGCUCAAGAAGGUCUACACUGAAGGCGGCCUCAUGCCUCAGGCGCAGCAGCAGAUUAAGAAGGCCCUCUUCGGCCCCAACGGCUACGUGAACGGCGUGCCUUACGACAUCGAGUCCAAGACCCUCACCGAAGAGGCCGACUCCAGGCCCAGUGAACCCGACAAUGGCCGUGGCUACCAGCUCAUGAACGUCAUGAGCCCUGGUGGCAUCUUCAACACGGGCAUGACCACUUCAUCGACGUCGACUGUCAUCAAGGAACUGCGUGAUCAGCGCAACAAGCCCAAUGUAUGCGGUAAUUGUGAGGCGAAGCGUGGGCCUCAGGACCAGGCUCUGCUCAUAUGCGCCAAGUGCAAGAACCGCAGCUACUGCUCGGUUGACUGCCAGAAGAAGGCGUGGAAGGUCCACAAAAAGGUGUGCGUGGCCCCAAAGGUCUCCUUGUAG